AUGUCUGACAUGCCUGCUAGGACCUUCCGCGAGGUCAGCAGGUUGCAACAAGGGCACUUGGAGCAUGCCUCCACCUCGAAUUUAUGGUCUAAUCGUGAGAGUCCCCCAGCAUCCGCCUCAAAACACAUGGCUGUUCCGGGAACAUCUUCGCCCAGAUCGCCUCUAAAGAGGCCAGGAGACUCACCCAAAACAUACACCAGCUCAACUGCCGAUCAUGUUUCUGCAGAGGAGGACGAACUAAGCGAUGAAAUCUCGCCGCAUCUCGAGCGUGAUGGCAAUUCUCGUCUAAAUCGUGCUCUUUCGGCGAAGCGCAAAAAUGGACAUGUGGCAGCAUUUUCUUCGAGUCCUAAACGCUCCAAACGAGCUGCUGCGGGCUUUUCUCCGAACGCAAAGAAUACCGAAGGGUCGCAUAUGGUAAACCCCCUUAGCGGAGCUUCUUCGCCACGCGCUCAGAUCCAAGCUGAUCCAGGCCAUCGCCGAGACGACGUGGAGCCUAGCAUGGCUUCAGCGCGCGUGCUGUCUCCAGACGAGAUUGACACCUUCCUCGACUUGAUCUACAAGCAUCAUCCGGAGCCUAUGACGGCCGAGACAAUGCGCCAGAGCGUUGACGCGCUCUACGGUGACUGGGAGCAAUAUUGUGCACGCCGCCAGGUUCCUGUUCGACUCGCCAAAAAGCCCCUCAUGGAUGAGUACGGCAAGAUUUUCAACGGUGUUUACGGUCCCGAUGCCCAAUCCAAGGCGCGUUCGAUAGCUCACGAGCUCUCACAAAGGUCAGCAAAUCUGUUAGCCAGUAUGGAUGCAGCAGGAAGCCAAUCAGACGAUCAGCACCGUGAUAGUGGUAGCCGACGCAGCGCCACAUAUUCCAUGACUGACCGAGACUCGGACGAUGCGCAAGGCGAUGAAGACGACAACGACGACACUGACAACGUCGAGGCCAAUCCCGACAAUGCAACGGCGGAUACCGAUGCAGGUGCGCUAUCAGUCGCUUCGAAGAAGAGGGCAGAGAAAUAUCAAGACACGACAGAGGGUGCUCCGUCCAGCUCAGCGACCAAGAAAUCCAACAUUGCCCAAGUGGGUCGCAAUGGGCUUGCCGUCCUCGCGCCAGGGCUGUUUGACAUCCUGCGCACCCAUCUUCGCGAUGAGAUCUUGUCGAGUAUCAUGCCAUCGGUGCGCAAUGAUCUUGCCGAACAAACACGCGAGCUCUUCUUGCAGAAUCAGGACUUGUUUGGGCGUAUCAAGGAGAUGGAGGAUCGCAUACGCAACCAAGACCUUUGGAUCAGACACCUGUUGUCUCACGAUCCUUCGGACAUGACGACACUAUCGGCUGGGCCUCACAAAGGCGACGCAGGGAUGGCGGGCGUCGACUUGAGUUCGAGACUGAUCUCUACUUUUAGGAGGGAGCCAGUCAAGUCUGCCCAGCCUCUUCGACACGGACCUCUAAGUUUGGAAGGCGACAUAGGUGGCAGCAUGGCUCCUGCCGAUUACUUCAGCGGUGCUAGGCCCAUGUCGUCGAGUCAAGAUCCCCGCAACGACCCGCGACGCUUGACGGAUCAAGGUGGGGCUGGGCCGCCCCCGACCGAGGGACUUACAGCGCCUGCUGCACCGAUUCCAGGCAACAAUCCAGGUAUAGGUGCCGUUUCGGCCGCCGGAUUUGGAUCUGGUCGCUGGGAGCCCGAAGCGCAUGCUCCGGCUGCUUACCGAGAUCGACCGCUGCUCACCGAACGACGACCCUCGCACGCGAACGAGCCGCCUCAUCGCAGGCCAGGAUCUUGGCACAGUGACGUGCAGUCUGUUCGCGAUUUUCGAAGCCACUCGAAUGAGUGGCACGACAAUCUCGAAGGACGCUACGAGCCUCCUCAAGGUUCGUUCUUUCGCCAGCAGAGACUUUCUUCUGGCGGGUCCCGACGUUCGACAGCUUUGGGCGGCAGUGGUACGGCUGUCGCUGGACCGCGUAGCGCGAAUCUUGGGCCGGGCCCGCUCCCUCCAACGGGGUCGCCACGUUCCAUGACUAGCAUGCAUGACGACUUUAGGCGACCAGGAACCCUGAUGCUCUCUCGUGAUCCUGUCAUGUCGCCCUUCGAGCCCGCCUACGAGACUCGCCGCGUGCACCCUGGCUUGCCUGUCCACCAAGCCGAAGCUAAUCUCGGUGGCGGCGAAGCGAGCAAGGCACCCCUACCACCGAGAGCCAUGGCAGUUGGAUCACCCGAGCAGAAACAGAGGAAUAAAAGAGGUCGGCCGAGCAAAGCUGAGAUCGCCAGUUCCAGAGGUGAGCUUGGCGCCGGAGGCAGUCAUGCCUCGUUCGGCGCUGACUCGCACUCGUCGCUGCCAUUCAGGCCGUACUUGUCUUGA